AUGCAUCUGAUUCAAUCCAUGCUCAUCCUGUCGCUCAGCCUCCCAGCCCUGCUGUGUAACCGAGCUGUGUGGCAGUUCAGGUCGAUGAUCAUCUGCGCUGCACCUGGCAGCUGGCCGUUAAUAGACUACACUGACUAUGGCUGCUACUGUGGGCUGGGAGGCUCCGGUACACCUGUAGAUGACCUUGACAGAUGCUGUCAGGUCCACGACCAGUGCUACAGUGAUGCCAAGCAACACCACGAUUGCUGGCCCAUCUUUGACAAUCCCUACACUGAACUAUACAGCUACAGGUGUGACAAGGCCAGCAAGACCGUCAUCUGCCUGGAUGUCAACGAUCCCUGUGAGCAGUUCAUCUGUGAGUGUGACAAGACAGCAGCCAUGUGCUUUGCCAAGGCAGAUUAUAAUGAAGAAAAUAACCACUUCCCCAACAGUCGCUGCCAGUAAGCCAAAGGACUCAGGGAGAAAACACUUUGUAGAGUGUGUCAUAGUAACUGUUUUAUUGUCCAACAAAGACCUCACACUUGUACUGUAUAUGCAACUUUUAUCCAUUUUGUGACUCCCAAAAUUAAUAAAUUUAUAUCGAAAAC